AGUAAGGGGCGGGCUUGUUUCUUGUUUCUUUUCAUUUUUUUUUCUUUUUUUGCAAAAGGGUCUGGGUGUUGUGGGUUAUUCGUCAUAUCAUAGCAGGUCCCUUCUUGUCUUUCAUUCCUGACAUGGGAAUACAGCUGGACCACUCACUUCCUUGGAAGAACACAAAACAGAGGACAAUAUCCCUUUGUAGCCAGGAAACCCCUUCAUGGAUCUCACACAGCUGCAGGACCAAACUAUGAAGAGAGAGAGGAUCAAUAAGGAAACGGGAGAGCUGAGUGCUUCAGGGGAGUUAUCUGUGUCGAUGGAGUUGAAGGAGGAGAAGGUCGAGGGCUCUUCUGGAAACUCUAAGCUCCUUCAAGUGCUCAGAAAGCAGCUAGAGGAGUUGGAAAUUUACACAUACUCAAACCAUGACCACAAAACAGGUCAUCAACGUUUACCCCAACUGGAGCAGCAUCUACCUAAUGUCCUUCAUCUGUACACACAGGUUUGUGAGGAUGGUGUCAAAUUGGAAGGUGCCGACAUAAAAGGCCUUGCAGCUCUCACUGCUGACUCUGUCAUCCAGAAUAUCCACAAAAGACUAGAAGGACGUCCUGCAGAACAGGCCCGUGAAGAGGUGGUGCACUUCCUCAAAAGACCAAAUAAAGAUGCACGCUGUGUAGCAAAGACAUGUUCUGGAUGGCAGCUAUUAAAGUCCCUUCUCUUGCUUACAUCAGACACUGCAACAGUGCUGUCAUGUUUAAACCCAGAGCUGCCUGCUGCUUUGGUGAAAUGCCUGUACCUGCUGGUGUGCCUUCCUGCAAAACAAGAAAACACUGCCAUGGAGCUGACCUUCCAGGAGCCUUUGACCCAGAUUUUCCUUCAACUCUGCAAGCAUCCACAGAAUGUGGAACAGUUGGUGGAGACCCAGGAGCUGCAGUGUCUCAUUAUUGGUCUCACAUCAUUAUGGGAUCAGACCAGUCCACAGUGGAGGCAUCAGGCAUCACGUGUUCUCAAAGCCGUCUCUUCCGUUCCAACAGACAAAACUGUUCCAAGUUUGUUAAGCAAAAACUGCGUACGAAUCUGUAUCCAGAACCUUUUGCACAUCAAAGCCAAAGUCCCAGGAUCACUUCUAGCUGAGGUGGCGGUUGCUGUGUUUGGCUUUGUAAGAGACACGUAUCACCUGAAUCCAGCACUCUUUAAUGAGUUUGACAACAACAAUGGCUACAAGGCCCUGAGAAAAAUCCUUAAACGCUGUGAAGAUGGUGUUCCCUUGGAUCAGUUUCAGCCUGUGGGGGAACUGCUGGCUCUGAUUGCAGCUUUUACUUUUCUUGGGAAAGCAGAGCUGAAAGUGGCUCUUUGUGUGACCAAUCCCCAGCCUGCCGGCUUCAGGUUUGACCCGCCACUCACUAAAGGUCUGGCUGUAAAGAACCUCCCUGCCUUCCACCUGCUGCAGGCUUCAUUGCUGCAUUCCCAGGAUUCUCUUUUCUGCUGUCAGCUCCUUCGAACCCUCCAGUCGAUCUGGGAGAAGGAUCCUGCUAACUUCUUCCUUUUAGAGUGGACUGUCCAGUCACUGGCCCAGGUAGCUGCCCGUGUGUCCCAUAAACCACUGCCUGUUCAGAAAAUCUUCUUUUCAAUGCUGGAAAAGGUGGUGUUUAAGAUGAGCUAUAUACCCCAUGAGACACUGCGAGCCCUGCUGGGUGUACUGAAGAAGAACUGGGCAGGGACAGGUGGAGCAGCAGGGACAGAAUUUAGUCUGGUUGCGCUCCAGUGUUUUUACAAGAUGAUUUUGCAUAGCACUAUGCUAACAGAGGUGCUAAGUGAUUGGGGAAUACUCGAACUGUUGCUUGGAGAACUCCGCAGGAGGGCUAAGAUCCUGAGGAAAGCUGGCGUUGUUUCUCCGUCCAAAGAGAAUCCUUUUCAUCUUCAGUGUGUGGAGAAAAGUGAGAGGCAACUAACUACCUGCAUGCUUCAAGUUGUUUCAACCCUUACUUUGAGAUCUAUCAAAAAUACAGUGUCACUGCGAGAUCUUGGAAUGGUGCCUUACAUAAAGAUCUUCUUGGAUGAUGAUCAGUAUCGUGCUCCGACGCUCAGCAUUUUGGAGCAGCUCGCUGAAAUCAACCCUGAUGAAUUCAUGAGCACAGCCAUUGGAUCCCUCUGCUCCUCCACGCAGCAGGAGCUCAGGUUAAAGCUGGACCUCUUGUCGUCUGUGCUUCGAGUGUUGGAGAGCCCCAACUCCUGGGACGCCUUUAGGAAGGCAGGGGGAUUCUCUGGACUCUUAUCUCUGCUGGUGGACAUGGAAGGAGCUCUCUUAGACCCUCCGAAAGGAGAAAUAUGGAAAACUCUGGGGCAUCGCCAGCUGCUAGAACUCCUCCUUCUCACGCUGCAUAUCAUGGCUCUGGCUGUCCAUCUUCACAUUGUAAAUGCACACUAUUUUCAAACAGAGGGUUUCUAUGAAAGGCUCUCAGAUGCACUUCUCCAGCUGGGCUGCUUCCACUUUGAAGGUCAUCAGUGGGAGGGAGAAGAAUUCUCCAGUGCCAUGGUCUCAGAUGAAAACCAUGGUCCAAGGCAGAGCUUUGUGCAGUUUGUUGAGUUAGCUGAAACGUUGGCAACCCCCAGCAGUUGCUCCAGUUCGCCGCAGCAAAAUUUGCCAAAAACUCUUCAGACGUGUAUCCGGCUGCUCUCUUACCUCGACCAGUUUGCCACAGGGACCUACUCUCCUCAGGUUUUACAAUUGGGGCAAAUAUCUGAUGGUGAGUGUGAUGAAAAUAGGGAGACACUUCAUGAACCUUCACAUCCUCAUGGAGGAUGUGAAGCAGUUUUUAUUUCUGGACCUCCGUCAGUCCUCUCAGGAUUCGGUCCACAGUGUUUGGAGGAGAAACUUGGAACUUCCAAAACCAUGGCACCCAGUCCAACAGUUAGCACAGUGGCCCAAUUUAGUAGGUUUACAUGCGAUCAGGUGAUUCUUCAUCCAGGGGCAGUACGAGUGAUCAUGACUCUCCUUCCUCAUGUUUUUGCUCCAGAAGACCCACAGCUCUCCAUGGAAGUCCAGUUCUCACUGGCUCACCACAUACUGGCCAUGUUCAAAUCAGAGCGAAACCGACAGAUCAUGUGUGAGGGAGGACUGGUGUCCACUCUCCUGACCCACUGCCGCAGCAUGCUGCUGUCUCCAAACCACCCCCUGCAUCUACCCGUGACGCGGAUGUUUGAGAAGCUCUCCUCCCAGGCCAUCUUAGGUUCCGAUUUCAGACGGUUCCUGUGUUUAGGUGAUCCUCUAAUGUGCUUGGCGGAUCAAAAGCCCAAGCAGGUUCUUAUGGAAACUAACCCACCGCUUGAGACAUCAUGUUCAAAAGAUCAGAACACGCAGGCUGAUGCUCAAUCAUUACCAAAGAAACUGAAACGGACCUUUAGCUUGCUGCAGCCUACAACUUCGAUUGGUUCUGCCAUCCCUGUCCACCAGAUUGUCAGCCUGGUUUCCAUGACAGCACCACGCACCUUCAGACCCCACCGGGUCUCUUCUUCUCCUGCCUUUGUAGAGUUUGAUAUGAGUGAGAGUGGAUAUGGGUGUCUUUUCCUGCCGUCUUUAGCUACGGUGAAAGGUGUUACAGCUGAUUCCAUCUCAACCGGUGGAAUUGGAGGAGAAUGCAGAGGCUUCCCGCCAACAGCCGGCCUGUCGUUUACCUGCUGGUUCCAGAUCAACAGAUUCAGCUCGGCUUGUGAUUCCCAUCCGAUCCGUCUGCUGUCAGUAGUGCGCCACAUGUCCCGAACCGAACAACAGUUCAUCUGCUUGUCAAUCUCUUUCUCAGCCUAUGAUGGCUGCCUGGUUAUCUCCACAGAGGAGGAAGCAUUCACAUAUCUGGAUAUGAUGGAGCCAGAGGUCUGCUCUCCAACCUCUUUGCCCUCGUCACUGAGGUUCCGCUGCUCAAGCAUGUUGGUCCCUGGCCAAUGGCACCACUUGGCUGUCGUCUUGGCCAAAGAUGUGAAGAAAAGCUGCGUGACUUCAGCCUACAUCAAUGGAAAGCCAGUGGGAACAGGAAAGAUGAAGUAUAUUCAGCCGUUCCCAGGUCAGUUUGUCUCCAUGGAUCCCACAGCUGUGAUCGAUGUGUAUGGACUGAUAGGAACACCAGUCAUGUGGAAAGAUCACGCAGCUCUAGUUUGGCGUGUGGGUCCCUGCUACCUGUUCGAAGAGGUGUUGAACGUAGAGGGUGUGGGUGUUGUUUACACACAAGGCACCGCAUAUUUAGGGAACUUCCUGGCUCUGCACAACACGGGUCUUGAUCCGAAUCCAGAGUCUUUCCCACUCAGGCUGGUUCCGGAGGAGCGGAUUUCUUUUGGCAUCAACCCCGUAACUUCCACUUUAACAACUGUGGUGCAAAUCAGGGAGGAUUACAAUGAGGUGGAUUCCAGACUGAUUGCUAAAGAGAUGGGGAUAACAUCUCGAGAUCACACCACUCCUAUUUUUCUCCUACAAAACAUUAGCAAGCACCUGAGUGGUACAGCUCGCACCAUAGGAGCUGCCCUGAUUGGACAUUUUGGUGUUCGAACUUUUAUCCCCAGGUCAGCUUCCAGUGGUUUUCUUUUUGUAGGUGGGCCUGCUGUUGUUCUCAGUCUUGUUGCAAUGGCGCCAGAUGACAGCUCGCUGUAUGCAGCCAUUAAAGUUCUUCUUUCAGUGCUCGAGACUAACACUGCAAUGCAGGAAGAAAUGAACCGCAUCGAUGGAUACAAGCUGUUAGCCUUCCUACUAAAGACGAAGAGCAGUCUUGUCAGCCAUCGAACCUUUCAGCUUGCUAUGUGUCUCUCAAGUUCAUUGGAGAUGAGCUGUGGAACUGGUUACCUACAGAACACACCUGCUUUCCAGGCUCUGCUGUGUGACCUGGAGGUGUGGCAGAAAACACCAGACAGUCUAGACCUCUCAGUCCUAAACUACUUUGCUGAACUCCUGAAUUCCUCAAGCAGUGACGGCAGGAAUGCAGCGGUCAUCCACAGCGCCUGUCUGGUGCCAAAGCUACUGUUUGAGUUGUGUGAUCCAGCUGUGACCGUUCAAAGGGUUCACAUUAUUUCCGACAUUGUCAGCUCACUGCUAAAGGCUCACUUGACUUCUUUGGACAUAAGCAGGCUUGGGCUUUUCCUGGUCUACACCCUCCCUCCUUGCAGUGAAAAAUCUGAAGGCACUGACAUAUUGGAUGGGGAACUUUCAAAUGACAUGUCAGCUCAGGGCUCAGGCCCAGCCAACAUCAUCUGCAUACGCAACAAGAUGCUGCUUGUACUUAGUGAAGUCCUCAAAUCAGACAACCUUCAAAAAAAUCACCAGGCAACUGUAAUUCAGUCCCUCGGCAGUGAUUGGUUCCUGCUCUUCCUUCAGGCCCACCUCCACCCUUCCACUUUGAAACUGGGCCUCAUCCUCCUGACCCAGUUUCUGACCAGUCCAGGCCAGCAGAGCAGCUUCAGAGAGGGUGUGAUCCCAGGAACACUGCUAGAGGGUGUAGAACCAUUUGUUGUCAUGGACAACCUUCGAGCUCAAACUUGGUCCCAAGGUUCCCUCAGCGUCUCGUGUCCAGGUUUUGAUGUCCUCCAGGAACUCUUAGUCAGACACACUCGCCUACCACAUGUUUAUGAAGCUUUAGCUGCUCUUCUGCUUGGGAGGAAUACGAGUCACCAUACAGAGGGAGAGGUCAGCUUGGAUGAUGCUCUGCAGUCUUUCAUUGAGAGCCAGCUGGAAGGUCCUGUUCAGCAGCUUUGUGUUGAAGCUGCUACAAUACUUCUGGAGCUGCUUAAAGUCAUUAUAUCUCAGCCUUUUUCUGCAGAUCCAUCUGAUGGCGAUGCACCAUGGGAGGUGCAGCUAACGGCCAGUGUGAUGCAGUUCCUUUGUCUCCUCCACAACCAGCGACCAAGAGACUCUCUGUGGACAUCACCUGACUUCCUGCGUUCACUCGCUAGCAUUGUUUAUCCUGUGGAGAUUUCUGAGGUUAAUCUCACAACAAGUGAGGGAGAAAACGCACCCAGCACUCAUCAAACCAGGAAGCCAGUGCUCGAUUUUAUGCGUAUUCUGCUGAUGGACAGUCUUCUUAAUGUGUCUGCAGGCUCCAGCACACAUCCUGUAGUUCUGCUGCUGGAGUUUUACCCUGAUGGCAUGUCUCCCGAGCAGAGACAGAGUUUUCAGUCUGAGCUGGUGGAGCUAAUCAUGAACAUCAUCCAUGUGCUCAGCCAUGAGGAUGAUAACAACACCCACCUCACCUCACAAGACAGCAAUCAGAGACCUGAGGGAGAAAUGGGUACCCUGAUGGAGAACGUGGUGCUCUUCGCUAGGAUUUUGCUGCAGAAACUUCACAAUGGAAUAUUUACCGGAGAUUCUGAAAUUUUACUCGACUUCCUUGCAGAUCAGAUCAUGGUGGCUGUGGGGAAGGCCCAUUCUCAAAGGGAGAAAACGGUGUCCUCUCUGUACUCGUGCACCAAUAAAGUCUUGCUUUACUUUCUGUCCCAACCACGACAAUCCCAAGAAGGGAAAGAAAAUGUCAUCAGGGCAUUGCAGACCUUCAUGGAACGAUGGGAUGUGUUCAUGGCGACCUACAACUCUAACGUGAACUUCAUCACCUGCCUUCUUCACUGUCUGUUACAGAUUCGCUCCGGCAGCUAUCCAGAAGGUUUCGGAUGUGUGGCAAAAAAGGGUCACAUCAAAAAGUCGAGCCCAUUAACUCACAGAAGUAAAUCCCCGUCCACCCUCAGCAAUGGAGCAGACAUCACAACAGGUGAUAAACAGCUGGUGUCCUUAGCCGAGGCCUGCUGGUCAAAGGUAAUAUCAGAAAGGCAGCACAUGCUUGAAGAGAGCUUCAAGGUUGACAUCUCAGCAAGCGCUAGGAUUGAGACAAAACCUGUGAGCAUGACGGAAAUUAGUCCUCUGUGGGAGGAGAUGGCACACAAGGCCUGGCAGCUAUAUAAAGACUCUCAGAAGAUGAAAGCAGCCAGUAGAUCUCAGAGGACACUUAAUGCCAUCAGUAGUGUUCUUCGCUCUGCUUUGGGCAAAGGUCAAGAGUCAAUAAAAACAGAGGAGUUUCUGUCGUACAUGGAGGGUCAUCGCCAAAAAGGCCACAGUAUGUUUGAAAACAUGAGGACAAACCACUUACAGAUGCAAACUGCCAUGUGGGAACGUGUGAGUUCUCAGUGGCUGCAUUUGGAGGCCGAGCUGCUGAGGGAGAGAGCAAUAUUCGGCCCAGGCCCUGGGGUGCUGCUGAGCAAAGAUUGGGUACAAGAUUCUGCUGAAGGACCCAAUAGGACCAAGCUACGCAUACGAAGAAAAGCCAUGAGACAAUCCAAACGGCUGCUUGGAGCACUGGGUCUAGGUUUAAGAUCUGAAGAGACCUAUAAUGGGGCAAAUGAUGAUACAGAACCAAAGAUCUUGUGUGACAUUGACACAGAGGUUAAAGAUGAUGAAGCAGAGGGACAACAGAGCUGUGAGCGUCUGACGUUUUUCCCAGCUUUGAAUGAGACACCGUCAAUCGUGGAGGGUUCGCCUGACCUUUUCACCCCUGAACCCUGCUCAAGCACACAAGACUGCCCUGACAUGCGGAUCAUCCUCCAAGAGCUGCACUCUGGAGAGAAGAUACAGGCAAAGAUGUCUGUGGUGAUGGUGAGUGGCCUCCGUGUGACUGAAGGAUUGCUGCUCUUUGGGAAGGACUGUCUGCUCUUGUGUGAGGGAUUCACUCUGACCUCUGCUGGAGAUGUUUGCUGCAGGACACACUUCCAGAGCAGCGUAAAGGAUUCCUUUAUUUCCACCAUGCUGAGCAAAGAGCUGCCGUCAGCCACUUGCAGGCGCUGGCUUUAUGAGGAUAUUAAGGAGGCUCGCUUCAUGCGCUUUCUUUUAGAGGACAAUGCCAUUGAGAUUUUCAUGAAAAAUGGACACUCUGCAUUCCUUGUAUUCCUGAAUAAAGACCACGUCUCUGCAUAUAAAAGACUUAGCACUGUGGUGCCAGCAUUAAAAGGCAGAGCAGUUGCUGAGGUCAUCGCUAAUGCAAAAAAAAUGCCAGUGGUUGAAAAGACAGCCCUUGUCAAAUGGCAGAAAGGCGAGAUGAGCAACUUUGAGUAUUUAAUGCACCUGAACACUAUUGCUGGAAGGACAUACAAUGAUUUGAUGCAGUAUCCAGUUUUCCCCUGGAUCGUGGCUGACUAUCAAUCAGAGACACUGGAUCUGUCGAAUGCCUCAACUUUCCGUGACUUGUCCAAGCCAAUGGGAGCUCAGACAGAGAAGAGGAAACAGAUGUUUGUGGAGAGAUAUGAAGAGGUGGAAAACACAGAGGAUGAAGCUUUGUCAACACGUUGCCACUACUGUACCCACUACUCCUCUGCCAUCAUUGUGGCCUCCUUCCUCGUAAGAAUGGAGCCCUUUUCCCACACUUUUAAGGCACUUCAGGGAGGGUUUGAUAUCCCUGAACGGAUGUUCUACAGCAUAAGAAAAGAGUGGGAGUCUUCCUCCAGGGACAACAUGGGAGACGUCAGGGAACUGAUACCAGAGUUCUUCUACCUGCCAGACUUUCUGCUGAACUCCAACCACAUCCAGCUGGGUUGUAUGGAGGACGGUACUGCUCUGGGAGAUGUUGAACUGCCUCCUUGGGCGAAAGGUGACCCCCAGGAGUUCAUUAGGAUCCAUCGAGAGGCCCUGGAAAGUGACUAUGUGAGCUCUCGCCUCCACCUGUGGAUCGACCUGAUCUUUGGUUACAGACAACAAGGUUCAGCUGCAGUGGAAAGUGUGAAUACUUUCCACCCUUAUUUCUAUGCCCAGAGAGGACGACAAUAUGCAAAAGACCCCAUGAUCAAGAGUACAAUCUUAGGAUAUGUUAGCAACUUUGGCCAAAUUCCCAGACAGCUUUUUACCAAGCCUCAUCCUCCUCGCAGUGGUUCAAAGAAAGAUGGGUCUUCGCCCUCUCAUCCGACUCCAUUUUUUUUCCAACUGGAUAAACUAAAGACAUCUGCAGAACCGUUCAGAGAGUUGCCAAGAGGUCCAGUAGGUCAGAUAUUAUGUCUGGAAAAAGAAGUCCUGGUCCUGGAGAAAAACCGGUUACUGGUGUUGCCUUCAUCUGCCUGCUUCUUCAGCUGGGGAUUCCCAGACAACAGCUGCGCCUUCGGAAACUAUGCUACAGAGAAGUACUUUGCAGUAAGUGAGGGUUUGUGUGACUGGGGUGAAACGCUGUGCGCCGUCUGCCCCAACGCUACCACCAUCAUCACCGCUGGAAGCAGCACUGUUGUUUGUGUGUGGGAAGUGGCCAUCAGCAAGGACAAACUCACUCACAUGAGACUCAGACAGCCCUUAUACGGUCACACAGAUGCUGUAACAUGCCUUGCUGUGUCUGAGAGCCACAGCUUGAUUGUGAGCGGCUCCCUUGACCUCACCUGCAUCCUGUGGGAUUUGGAGGAGCUGAGUUAUGUCACCCAGUUAGUAGGACACACAAGCAGCAUCUCUGCACUGGCUAUUAAUGAUCUCACCGGUGAGAUUGUGUCCUGUGCGGGACCUUUGCUUUACCUAUGGACCAUGAAGGGACAGCUGCUGGCAUGCACUGGAACUUCCUCCGGACCUGAAGCAGACAUCCUGUGUGUCACUUUCACACAGCGACUUGAGUGGGAUUCCAGGAAUGUUAUUGUCACUGGAUGUGCUGAUGGCAUUAUUCGGAUAUGGAGGACAGAGUACACCAGAACACAAUUACCUGGCCCUCCAGAAGAGCCCAUGUCCCCAGGGCAUGACCGGAUAGAAAGAGAUGGGAGUGCCUCAGGCCAGGAGAAAGGCUGGAGGAGAUGUCUGAUGUUAUGUGGGGAGUUGAGCAGAGGUCCAAGCUUGUCCCAACGCCGCCCCAAUGAUAGCCCCGCCAUCACUGCUCUGGCCAUGUCCAGGACUCAUGCGACCCUGCUGGCUGGAGAUUCUUGGGGCAGAGUUUUCACAUGGAUCUGUGAAUGAUUGGCGUCUGCUGCCCAUAUUUCUGUUUUCCCAUGAGAAAAUAGACUUACAGAAAAACUCCUCAACAAUCUCAGGUGUCAAACCUGCUGAACAGCGGGAACUGCUUCACGUUCACUGGAUUGUAGAUGCACUAGUUACAAUGGGAGAAGUUACACACAAAACACAAUGUUUCCCACUUAUAAUCAUUUUUAUUUCUGUUCUUCUCUGUGUAAAUAAUGCAUAUCAAUGAAUGUAAAUGAAAUAAUGAAGCACCAUCCUUUGAGAUCAUUUCUUGUACCUCUGAUUGAUGGAGAUCAAGAACAGACAGGUCGGGCUUCCUUAAAUUGAAACCUGAUUGAUACGGGCAAAGGCUGGCUUGAAUAAAAAAAGUACAAAUGAAAAAUAAAAUAAUCUUUUGUUGCUAUAGCAGGACUGAAAACAGAUGAUAGUUUAAGUUCAUAACAAACUUGGUCAGCUUUAAACUGAAACCAGAUUUUGUGAAAAGGAAGCACAAAAUAUUAAAGUAGUAAAGUAGUUUUCCCAAUGAAGAACAACUGAUAUAAAGUUCUAUAUUAUGUAAUUAUAUGUAGUUUUUCAGGAUACUAGAAAACAAUGCAAGUUAUCAUUCUCCUCUUAGAUUACUGCUUUGAGGAGUUCAGGAUGUUUAUCAGAUAUUUUUCUCAAUGUGUUUUUACUUUGCCUGGUAAUUUUGUACUUAGGAGAAUUUAACUACUUCCUCAGAUCAUAAUUCUUGGUGAAGACGAUGAGAAGUUGUGUGUGUGUGGUG